CUACAGUCACUGGUUGUAAAGCGUGCUCGCUCUUUUGCUUACAAAGUGUGGUUAGAAUUGAAUUUGUUUGAUCUUUUAUCAACAGCAAAAUGGCAAAAUUUGAUCUAACGUCACGUAUAGGACAAUAUCUUGAUCGGCAUUUAGUCUUUCCUCUUUUGGAAUUCUUAUCUGCAAAACAGAUUUAUGAUGAGGAUGAAUUACUUCAAGCUAAACUGGAUAUUCUUAGCAAAACCAAUAUGAUAGAUUAUACUAUUGACAUCAGGAAACAGCUUUAUCCUAAUUUAGAAGUACCAGAGGAGUUGAAAGCACGCCGUGCAGAUGUUCUUCAAGAGCUUGGUUAUUUACAAAAUAAUGUAUCAGUUGUUGUUGCACUUAUGAAUAAUGAAGAAGUUAUGAAGAAAAUGGAGAAUAUGAGAGAUUCUAAAGCAUUAAAUAAUUACCUUACCCAGGAAUCUGAUUUUAGGGUUGAAAUGAUGGACAGUUUUGUAAAACUAGCAAAAUAUCGGUAUGAGUGUGGAAAUUAUUCUGUUUCCACAUCAUAUUUAUACUUUUACAUGCUUAUAAUGUCACCAACAGAUAAGAAUUAUUUAAAUGUACUUUGGGGCAAAUUGGCAUCAGAAAUCUUAGUGCAAAACUGGGAAACUGCAUUAGAAGAUGUAAACAAAUUAAGAGAGUACAUUGAUAGCAAUGUUAUAGGAAACUCUCUUCAAGUAUUACAACAAAGAACAUGGCUUAUUCAUUGGAGUUUAUUUGUAUUUUUUAAUCACGUGAAGGGUAGAGAUUUAAUUAUCGAAAUGUUCCUUUACCGACCACAUUAUUUAAAUGCUAUUCAAACAAUGUGCCCACAUAUAUUGCGAUAUCUAGCCGCAGCUGUUAUCGUUAAUCGUUCCAGACGAUCUAUACUAAAGGAUCUUGUAAAAGUAAUACAACAGGAAUCUUAUACAUAUCGUGACCCGAUUACCGAAUUUCUAGAGCAUUUAUAUGUCAAUUUUGAUUUUGAUGGAGCAAGACAAAAGUUACAGGAAUGUCAAACGGUCGUAUUUAAUGAUUUCUUCUUGAUUGCAUUACUAAGUGAAUUUGUAGAGAAUGCUCGUUUAAUGAUCUUCGAGACAUUUUGCAGAAUCCAUCAGUGUAUAAGCAUCGGAAUGCUUGCAGAAAAACUUAACAUGAAAGCAGAUGUAGCCGAAUGUUGGAUCGUUAAUUUAAUUCGUAAUGCACGAUUAGAUGCCAAAAUAGACAGUAAAUUGGGGCAUGUUGUAAUGGGCGGUCAACCUGCUUCACCGUAUCAACAACUGGUUGAAAAAAUUGAAACUUUAAGUGUACGAAGUGAAGCAUUAGAAAACUUAAUUGAACGCAAAUUAAAAGCUAAAAACCAGGAUCCUGUUAGUAUAGUAUGGAACUAAUCGAGUAUCAAACUUCUUGGAAUCUGGAUUUGUGACAUUGCGAUAUAAUGUACAGGGUUAGUGUCACUAAUGAUAUCUAACACUGAGACAAUUCAGUUUUAUAUAUUUAAAAAAUUUGCGGUAUAUAAUAGGAUAAAUAUAUUUUUAUUCAUACAGCUUUGUGAAAUUCAAAUCGAAUGAAUAAAAAUAUACAUUAUUAUAAACACUACACAUAUACAUACAUACAUACAUGCAUACAUUACAACGUACAAAAUGUACUUUUUCAUCAAAUGUAUUUUCGCGUUUUAUUACUGAAAAUAUGCAGAAAAGAAAUAUAAUUCAGAAUACUUCUGUUUAAAGUGUAUUAUUCUGCAGCUCCUGUACAAAAUUUAGAAUAUUUUAAAUAAAUAUUCUGUUUUAAAAAGUA